AUGGGGCCAACGUCCCUGGCACGCAGAGAGGAACAGGCUGAGCGGAAGCCGGAUCCCAGGAAAAGAGGGGCCUUGGAGGAAAGAAAAUCCCCCGCACCGUGGGUUGCAGGAGGAAGGCUGGAGCCGCGCAGGGCGGUGGUGCCCAGCGAGGUCUGGUCCCACCGGGGGACGUCGCACCCGGAGCAGGGCAGAGCCCCCCGAGGCACGCGGCUGAGCCGGGAACCCCGCGCCCCCCCUGCCCCCGGACCCCAGCAGGAUGAAGCCUCACCGGCGGUCGCCCUGCGCCCGGGCAGCGUGGAGGAGCUCUACGAGCUGCUGGAGACGCUGGGCAGAGGGCAUUUCGGGGUGGUGAGGCGGUGCCGGCGGCGCAGCACCGGCGUUUUCUACGCCGCCAAGUUGGUGAAGACGCGGCGGUGCCGGGGGAGCCGGCGGGGGCUGGAGCGGGCUCAGGUGGAGCGGGAGGUGGCCAUCCUGCGGGACCUGCGGCACCCCCACCUCAUGCGGCUCCACGACCUCUUCGCCAGCAAAACCGAGAUGGUGCUGGUGCUGGAGCUGAUGCGCGGCGGGGAGCUCUUCGACUUCAUCGCCGAGAAGGAGAUGCUGUCGGAGGAGGAGGCCAUCGGGUUCCUGGCGCAGAUCCUGCGGGGGGUGCAGUACCUGCACGAGCGCCGCAUCGCCCACUUCGACCUCAAGCCCGAGAACAUCAUGCUGCAGGACAAGGACGUCCCCAAGCCCCAGAUCAAGAUCAUCGACUUCGGGCUGGCCCAGAAGCUGGAGGACGGCGUCACCUUCAAGAGCCUCUGCGGGACCCCCCAGUACAUCGCUCCCGAAGUGAUCAACUACGAGCCGCUGAGCUCCGCCACCGACAUGUGGAGCAUCGGGGUCAUCACCUACAUCCUGCUCAGCGGCUUGUCCCCCUUCCAGGGCGAGACGGACGCCGAGACCCUCUCCAACGUCCUGGACGGCGCCUACGAGUUCGAGGAGCGCUACUUCAGCCAGACCUCCGAGAUGGCCAAGGACUUCAUCCGGCAGCUGCUGGUCAAGGAGCCGGGGGAGCGCAUGACGGCGUCCGAGUGCCUCGUCCACCCCUGGAUCAAGGUGAGAUGGAGCGGAGCUGGGUGGGUUUGGGGAGGGGGCCGUGGAGGGGUCGGCACCGUAACGCUGCUGUCUGGGGGUGGGAGAGGAGGGGAUCACGUCCCCCCCAUCCCCCCCGGGACCCCCACCUUGAUGCCCCCCCCCCCCCAGCUCUCCUACAACAUGGUGUCCGCCUGCAACCGGCUGUGCCGCAUGCGGCUGCUCUGCGGCCCGCGGACGGAGGACGAGGAGCUGCGCGGCUGCGAGAGCGAGCAGGAGGACGAGGGCAGCCACCCCGCCACGCUGCUGCGCCGGCGGAGAAGCAGCUGCUCCUGAGCCCCCCCUCGGGGAGGGGACCCCAGAACGGGGCCGUCCCACGAGAGGGGACCUCGUGGGGGGCCCCCCCCAUUCCCGUGGGACCCCCCCCAUUCCGGUGGCUUUGAGCGCCUGGGAGCUGGAGCUGCUGCUGCCCGGCCCCAGUGCUCCCAGUCCCAUGGUGCUGGAGAGGCGCUGGGGCAGUGCCCCCGGACCGGUCUCUGCUGCUGGACGCCCCCCCCCCGCCCCCCUCCUGGGGGGCUCUGCCCCCUUCCCCGGAGCUGUCUCACGAAAUAAACGUGCCCCCCCACACCCCCCCACC